ACGUUAUAUCACAGAUGAAGUAUUUUUGUAAAAUAUUUUAAAAGGACUAUUUUGCAGGUACAAGAAAUGAGGAACGAGUGUCUAAAUUACGGAAUAAAAAUAAAUUUCAAGAUGAAGUUUCAAUAGACGUCUCUUUUCCUUGCAGCGUAACAGCCGGCAGGUCUUCGAAAGUUCCCGAGUCGGUUCACCAUUUAAGACCAGGAGACAUAGAUGUCAUUGCUGCAAUGGGCGAUUCUUUGACAAUCGGCGCCGGAGUUACUUCGUUUACUAUAGCGGAAGCGAACAUUGAAGAUAGAGGCAUAUCAGGCAGUAUCGGCGGUCAAGGAACUUGGCGACAGUACCUGACUCUCCCUAAUAUUCUUAAAGAAUUCAAUCCUAAAUUAGUAGGUUAUUCACUUGGGGACGCUAUAAGCACUAAUCCAGCUGCGCAGUUAAACGUCGCUGAAGGCGGAGCUAUGUCUAAUGAUAUAACUUUCAUGGCGACAUAUCUGGUCAAUAAAAUAAAACAUGACCCGAAAGUAGAUAUAAACAAACAUUGGAAGUUGAUUUCGUUGAUGAUUGGAAGUAAUGAUUUUUGCUCUAAUACGUGUGUAACUUCUCCAUGGACUGUGUUAAAUGAUCACAAAAUGGAUUUAAUUAAUACUCUUAGAAUAUUAAGAGACAACUUACCAAGAACUUUUGUUGCUCUUAUACCACCACCUCACUUAAAGGAACUGGUUAAUGCACACAAAGGAAGAGAGUCAUUGCGGUGCUAUGUGUCAUCCAUAUUUGGAUGCCCAUGUUUGUUUGCUUUACAAUUUAGAAAUCAAAGAUUGGAAUAUUAUAAAAUAAUAGAGAGGUGGCAAGAGAUUGACGAAGAAGUCGCUAAUUAUCCAGAAUUUCAUAGAAAUGACUUCACCGUAGUAAUUUUACCGACUCUGGAACAUGCAAAAUUACCUCUUGCCGAGGAUGGAUUUUCCGAUUUGUCAUAUCUCAAUGUUGAUUGCUUUCAUUGGAGUCAAAAAUUAAAUGCACUAUAUGCGAAUAAUCUGUGGAACAAUUUGCUGGAACCAGUUGGUAACAAGAGUAGGUCUCUUACUCCGUUAUUUGAAAAAUUUCUGUGUCCUACUUCGGAAAGACCGUUCUUGAUGACAUAUGAAAAUUCACAGAACAACGAAACUUAAGGAUGGUUAGAGAAAUU